GCCGUGACAUCAACCAUCAUCUUACUCUUGUCUCGGUGCAGCACCACUUGGCUGUGAUGGAGUCAGUUCGGACAGCCUCGGGAGUGCCCCUUCUGCCCCGGGUGGUCACACCCCUGAUCGAUACCCAGGCCGUACGGGAGCUCUUGACCACAAUUGGCAGCAGCGGCAGCAGCACCGUUGCCACCCCCGCGCAGCUGGCGGCUGCCGUACAGCUGGCCGAGCUGCUGGAGACGGAGGAGGGGCGCUUCAGGGACGUGGUGGGCGACCCAUGGGGCGGUCCCGCGGGGCAGCGAGCAGCACACAGCAUCGGCAAGCUGCUGGCAUGUAUCAAGGACCGCGAGUCCGUGUACGACGGCGUGGUGGAGGG